AUGGUGACAAAUAUCAAGGAGGUGCAGGAUGCGCUGGAGGUUCUCCAAACGGAUGUGUUACUAGCAAGGGAGGAAGUAUUGCUAAAGGAAUUUGAUGCUAUUUUGGAGCAGGAGGAGACGAUAUGGUUCCAAAAAUCAAGAGAAAAGCACAUUGCUUUGGGAGAUAGGAAUACGUCGUUCUUCCAUACGUCGACCGUUAUUAGGAGACGUCGGAACAGGAUCGAGAUGCUAAAGAAUGAUGAGGGUAACUGGGUUACGGAGGGACCAGAGUUGGAGAGCCUGGCAAUCGAAUACUACAAACGCCUCUACUCACUUGAUGACGUGGAGUUGGUUGUCAAUAAGUUGCCACUGGAGGGGUUCCCCCGCUUAUCUGGAGAAGAACGGAUGAGUUUGGACAAGCCGUUUUUACCAUCGGAGGUGGAGGAAGCUAUCAAGCGAAUGGGACGGUUCAAAGCUCCGGGUCCGGACGGCUUCCAGCCGGUCUUCUAUCAAAGCUGCUGGGACGUGGUAAGAGACUCGGUCAUUCGUUUUGUUCUUGAGUUCUUUGCGACGGGACAGCUCCCUCAAGAUACGAAUGACGCACUGCUGGUACUAAUAGGAAAGGUGACCAAGCCUGAGAAAAUCUCCCAAUUCCGGCCAAUUAGUUUAUGUAAUGUUCUGUUUAAGACCAUUACUAAGGUCAUGGUAAACCGCUUGAAGAUGGUGAUAGCAAAACUGAUUGGACCAGCACAAGCUAGCUUCAUCCCAGGUCGCUUGAGUACGGACAAUAUUGUGGUUCUCCAAGAAGCUGUACAUUCCAUGAGAAGGAAGAAAGGGAAGAAGGGAUGGAUGCUUCUGAAGCUGGAUUUGGAAAAAGCUUAUGAUAGGAUUCGCUGGGACUUUUUGGAGGACACUCUAGUUGCAGCGGGCUUCUCAGACAAAUGGAUUCAAUGGAUCCUACAAUGCGUGACAGGGCCUUCGAUGCAUGUCCUGUGGAACGGUGAGAAAACAGAGGCCUUCAGGCCUGCGCGAGGGCUGCGCCAAGGUGACCCCUUAUCUCCAUACUUUUUUGUGCUUUGUAUGGAGAGACUUUGCCACUUAGUGGAGGGAUUGAUGGAGGAGAAGUAA